AUGGCCGACUCAGCCAACGCCCCCAAACCAAGCAGCAGUGUCAAGCUGGUGCUGCUGGGCGAGGCAGCAGUGGGAAAGUCUUCGCUUGUGUUGCGAUUUGUCAACAACGAUUUCCAGGAGAACAAAGAACCCACCAUCGGUGCCGCCUUCCUGACACAGAAAUGCAAUCUGCCCUCGAGGACGAUCAAGUUCGAGAUCUGGGAUACGGCAGGACAAGAGCGAUUCGCCUCGCUUGCCCCCAUGUACUACCGCAACGCCCAAGCCGCCCUUGUCGUCUACGAUCUCACCAAGCCCACAUCUCUCAUAAAGGCUAAGCACUGGGUGGCCGAGCUCCAGCGACAAGCAUCGCCGGGCAUCGUUAUCGCCCUCGUCGGCAACAAGUUGGACCUCACAAACGAUAGCGAGUCCGGCCAAGGCGACGCCGAGGGAGCUGAAGGCGAAGAGUCAGGGGACGCCCGGAAGGUGUCAACAGAUGAAGCCAAGUCAUAUGCCGAAGAGGAAAAUCUCCUGUUCUUCGAGACGAGUGCAAAGACUGGUCACAACGUGUCCGAGGUCUUUACCGCCAUCGCAAACGCCAUUCCCGAGACGUCGCUAAAGAGUACAAGGGGCCCUGGGGUGUCCAAUGCAGUCGGUAGAGGUGGGGAUGAGCAGAGAGUGAACCUGAACGGUCCCAGGGAGGCGGCGAAGGAGGGUUGCGCUUGCUGA